GAGACUAGUGGAGCAGGGCGCGGGUCCAAGCAACCAAUAGCAGCAGCAGACGAUAAUGCAGCUCGACUGUCGGUGUGUGUGUGUGUGUGUGUGUGUGUACAUGCUUCUAUAUCUUGGUGAGGACCAAAUAUCCCCACAACGAUAGGAAUCUGACAGCUUUGAUCUUGUGGGGACAUUUGGCUCUUUUCUUUCUUUCUUUCUUUCUUUCUUUCUUUCUAUUUUUUCUCACUUCCUUUUUCAUUCUUUCUUUCUAUCUUUCUUUCUCACUUCCUUUUUCAUUCUUCCUUCCUUCCUCCCUUCCUUCCUUUAGUUCUUUUUCAUUCGUCCUUCCUCGCUUCCUUCCUUCCUUCCUUCCUUCCUUCCUUUCUUUCUUUCUCCUUUUCCUUCUUUCCUUAUUCUUUCAUUCUUUUUUUUACUGCAGCUUUUAUUUUAUAUUUAAAAAUGAUAUUUUUAGGUAUCAAAAGUAAAUAGCAUAUUUAACACUGAUUACCUUAGUAAGAUUUUUUAUUUUUAAAUGUUUAUGAUUUUAUAUUAUUUAAGUCCAUUUAAAGUGCACCUAUUAUGUUUUUUUCAAAUAUUACCUUCCAUGUAGUGUGUUAUAGAGCUGUUUGUGAAUGUAAAAACGUCUGCAAAGUUUCAAAAAUCAAAGUGAAGGACAAAUUGAGUUAUUGACUCCGAAAAGAAUGAAACGAUUCUGAACUUACUUCCUGUACUAACCUACAUAGGUUUGUAACAAACAAAAAAAACCCCAGCCUCUGGUCUUCAUUGGCUGCUCGCCGACAGCGGUAGACCAAUCACCAACCACAGACUGGGACAUCUAACCAGUAAAAACUGCGGUGCCCUCGUGCGGCGUCACCAUGACAACGCGCGCUUUCCAUGGGAGCCAAUCGGAAUUCUGUCACGUGAUCCUCGAGGGUUAUAUUCUUUUUCUAUUCUUCCGCUUCCAAUCCAAAAUGGCGGAUACCAGUGCAGAGUCACAGAAAUUGAAAGGUGAUGACGCUUCUUUGAGUUUUACUCAAUCUCCGGAUCUCAGAAGCGUCCUGGUGACAAGCGUUCUUAAUUUAGAGAAGCUUGACACCGACCUUUACAGAGGGAAGCAUCACUGGGUUCCUCGGACUCGGCGCCUAUUUGGUGGUCAGAUUGUGGGUCAGGCUCUGGUGGCUGCUGCCAAAUCUGUCAGUGAAGAUCUGUACGCUCAUUCACUACACUGUUACUUUGUAAGAGCAGGAGACCCUACGGUUCCAGUGCUUUACCAGGUGGAACGGAUUCGAGACGGUCGCAGUUUCUGUGUGCGAGCAGUGAAAGCCAUCCAGCACGGUCAGCCCAUACUGAUAUGUCAGGCGUCCUUUCACAUGCUGCAGCCCAGUCCGUUAGAGCAUCAGUUCACCAUGCCCAGUGUUCCCCCACCUGACGCCCUGUUUACAGUGGAGGAACUCAUCCAGCAGUACCUCAGCGACCCGAAUUUAGCUGAUAACACUAAACAGGGGCUGAAUAAGAUCCUUGCAGAUGAGGUGCCCAUUGAGGUAAAGCCAGUGAAUCCAGCAGAUUUUUAUAGACGUGUCCCCAUGGAGCCAAAAAAACUGUUUUGGGUACGAUCGAAAGGACAUAUAGGAAAUGCCGACAUGAAACUGCACUGCUGUGUUGCUGCAUAUGUGUCCGACUACGCGUUCCUCGGCACAACGAUGCUGCCAUACCCCCAAUACAGAACCCAGUUCUUGGCCUCUCUGGAUCACACCAUGUGGUUCCACAACAAAUUCAGAGCAGAUCAGUGGAUGCUGUAUGAAUGUGAAAGUCCAUGGGCAGGAGGCAGCAGAGGCUUGGUGCAAGGCCGCUUGUGGAGACAAGACGGUGUCCUGGCAGCUUCCUGUGCACAAGAGGGAGUGUUACGAGUGAAAGAUUUGACUCGAAGUAACCUCUAGAUCAGUUUUUACACAGCACAAGUAAUUGUAAUUCUCAAGGCUCUUAACGUACAUCCAUCUAAGCUGAUCAUGUGACUGCAGUGAUUAAUAGUAAUUAACAUGAGUUUACACAAUCACAAUGAGCUCUGAGGAUGGCCCCUAAUGGACUGUUCACAGAGAAGUCGGUGAGAAUAUCGAGCCUUUGUGUUAUCAGGUUGCUCAAUGGCACUGGGAGUGGUGUCUUUUGUGACACUGGCAUUGUUUCGGCAGUGACCUUUUACUGUACGUCAGAAGUAAGUAACUGAAAAGAAUGUGUAAUGGUAAAGCUCAUGAAAAAAAAAUUGCACAGGUCCCGUAAGAGAUGACCUGGGAUAGAUGAAGGUUGGGGUUUUUUAAAUUAAUUUUUUGUAUCAAGCAAUGAGGAGGCAAACUGAUAUUAAUAACAGAAUUGGUAAUUAAUUAGACUUACACUACAUACCUUGUUCUGAUUGGUCAGAAGCUGUUGAUUAAUUUUCUAGCUCCUAAAACACUUCUGGAGGCGCAUUGUUGGUUAUUUUCCUUGGCAGUGAUUGCUGAGUUGCUAAUGGGUCCAACAUAAUUUAAAACACCGAUUGAUGCACAAUACGAUGCAUCUUAUUCCUUUACACCAAUAUAUGUUAACUCUGAACGUGUAUAAAUGUAAGAUAUGAGAGUAUUGUUCAUUUCUUAUGAGUGUCUGGAUGAUGUGUUUGCAUUUUAUAGAUGAAUAAAAUAAUAUUUAAUUCCCGGAACAAGUAUAUCUGAACGUGUUCAGUUUAUAAAGCCAUGCCAUGGCUCUGCUUUGCUUUGUUCUCGGUACAAAUGACCGAAUCAUACUAUAUUCUCAGACUGCAUUGCGGUUUUGUAGCUCUGUGUUUUGCAGUGAGCAGUAUUGAAAAAGAGCCACAUAAAAUACACUAUAUGGCAAAAAGUUUGUGGACACCAGAUCAUUGCAAUAUGUGCUUGCUGAACAUCCUAUUCCAGAUUUAGUCUCCCUUUGCUGUUAUAACACAUUUAUAUUUAUGUUAUAAUAAGCUCCACACUUCUGGGAAGGCUUUCCACUAGAUUUUGGAGCGUGGCUGUGGGGAUUUGUGUUCAUUCAGUCAUGAGAGCAUUAGUGAGGUCAGGCACUGAUGUCAGGCGAGGAGGUCUGAGGUGCAGUCUGUGUUCCAGUUCAUCCUGAAGGUGUUCAGAGGGGUUGAGGUCUCUGUGGGCUCUGUGUCAGUGAGUUCUUCCACUUCAACUUUGUCAAACCGUGUCUUCAUGGAGCUUGCUUUGUGCACAGAGGCAUUAUCAUGCUGGAACAGGUUUGGGGUCUCUUAGUUCCAGUGAAGGGGAACUUUAAUGCCACAGCGUCCAAAGACAUUAUAGGCAAUUGUGUGACUCCAGCUUUGUGGCAAAAGUUUGGGGACGAACUACAUAUGCAUGGAUGUGAUGGUCAGAUGUCCACGAAGCUUUGGCCAUAUAGAGUUUCAAAACGACAUGCACGUGCAGGCAUGUUUAGUGAAUAUACACUUUAUUGCCUAGUGUGUGUAAUCAAUCAUUAAAGUUUUUUGUGUGUUUGUUUAAUAAACAGGGUUCAAUAGAAAUGUAUUCCUUCAGUUGAUUAUCUAGAGCAUUUUCACAUUUGCAAUUAAAUAACGGAUAUAUCUCAUAUAUUAUACAUUUAAUACAAAUUUCAUAUCACAAAAUGAACGUAAAAUUCUGUUUUAAAAAUUC